GGCGGUGCAGGAGUGAAAAGGAAGAAGAAGAAGAAGUUAAAAGAAAAAGAUCGGGACAUCCACAAUUAGAAAGAGAAAUGUCGAAAUCACUGAUGCAACCAAUAGGCCAAAAAAGGCUAACAAACGUAGCGGUGGUUCGAUUAAAGAAACAUGGUUUUCGAUUCGAAAUUGCUUGUUACAAAAACAAGGUCCUUUCUUGGCGCUCUGGCGUAGAGAAAGAUUUAGAUGAAGUGUUACAGUCACAUACUGUUUAUUCAAAUGUUUCAAAAGGAGUUCUCGCUAAGUCUAAAGAUUUAGAAAAAGCUUUUGGUACUGAUGAUCAAACCAAGAUUUGUCUUGAGAUAUUGGAGAAAGGGGAGCUUCAAGUUGCUGGGAAAGAGAGGGAAUCUCAAUUAACAAGUCAGUUUAGGGAUAUAGCAACCAUGGUUAUGCAGAAAACAGUGAAUCCUGAAACUCAACGCCCUUAUACUAUUAGUAUGAUUGAGAGGCUUAUGCAUGAAAUUCACUUUGCUGUUGAUCCACAUAGCAGCUCCAAGAAGCAGGCUCUGGAGGUUAUUCGGGAGCUUCAAAAGCAUUUUCCGAUAAAACGGUCUCCAAUGAGACUGAGACUUGCUAUUUCUGAACCUAAUAUCUCUUCUCUUUUGGAAAAGUUAAAUACAUGGAAUGCUACUGUGGUUUCUAAGGAUGAAUCUGGGAGUCAGCUAUCUGUUAUUUGUGAAUUAGAUCCAGGUCUCUUUCGAGAGUGUGAUGUCUUGGUGAGGAAUCUGCAGGGCAGGUUGGAAAUUCUCGCCAUGUCUGUGCAUUUUGAAGGGGACGCUCAUGUAGAUGAUUAUGAUGAUUAUGAAGAUGUACCAGCAAGCAUACCCAAGGAAUCCACUGAUUCGGUGGUUCAACUGAGUGAGAAAAUACAAAAGCAGACCAUCUCUGCGGAGAAGAAGAAUGAGGGGGAGGUAAAGCAACACAAGUGCAACACAUGCAAUGCUUUUGUUGGGGACGCCAAGGAGUAUAGGGAUCACUUCAAGAGUGAAUGGCACAAACAUAAUUUGAGGCGCAAGACUAGGCACCUCUUACCUCUCACAGCUGAGGAAUGCUUAGCUGAUGUUGAACUGGAUGACUCAAAGGCAGAUCUGAAAGAUUACUCAUUUUGAGAUGAGGCAGAGCCCUGUUUGAUCACUGAAUGCAGAUUGGCAUUAUUUUGUACAGUAUUGGGCCAUGUGACAUGGUACUCUUAAAUUUGCUUAUAAACAUUGCUAAUCUGUCUUCUGAUAUAGUUAACUGAAUGCAGGUUAUACUCUAGUUUAUUAAUUUUUCAGUAGGCUCUGCAUAAUGCAGAAUCUGUUCAUCCAAAUAUCGAAAGUCAGGAUUGCAACAUUAUGUCAAGUAUUGUCUCUCUAUUUUGUGGAUAACACACAUUUCCUGUCUUCGUUGAAAUCUGUGAAAUGAGUAAUUAUUGUUGCAAAUA